AAAGGAUAGAUCAAUGUUUCUCGAUGAACCUUGAUAACUCUGCCACACCCCACCUUGUUUCCACGUGUGUCUGGAGCGAUGACCCGUGUUUGCGAAGGGGUUUGUCAGGGGUAAUAUUGCAAACGUAAACAAAUCAUCCUCGCGAAUUCAUGGGUUAGGGUUUCCUCUGGCUCCACCACCAGGAUUUCCCACUUUCGCCAAGAUCAGUGGAAGUCCAAGCGUCGUCGUCACAUUCCGAACAGCGUGUUUCCUCCUUCUCCAGAGUAUCCUUAUCCAAAUCAUCACUACCCGUCUACACGAUCUGAACGCAAGCUACUGAAGGUUCGCAUUCAUUGCCGAAACAUUCAACAACAGCGGGAACUAACGACCCAUUACAAUACUCUCGUAGUCCUCUCCCAAAAUGCCCGGCUCCUCCCUCUGGCUAAUCCCUCCUCCCUCCCACCCUCUCUACCCGAUCCUGUCAUUCCUCAUCUCCCAACACCUCCCCUCCGAUUUUCCCUCUGAGGCUGGCGCUGCCGACGCACGCUUGAUUCCUGAAUUCUUUGCUCCUCACAUGACCCUUAGCUCCGGCAUCUCACCGGAUCUCUACGGCGACGAUCCCCAGCGUUGGCUCGACUCAAUCCCCUGGCCGUCCGCUGACGAAGUACAGGUGAGGUUCGAGGGAAUCAGCUCUCAGGACACGUACUAUCGGAGGUGCUAUGCAAGGGUCAAGCUGGAUGAGGGAAUCAAGAAGAUUGCCGGGCUGGCGAGGGCAAGAGGAGUGAAUGGGGAGGAUGAUGCGAAAGGUGCCAAGACGCAAGAGUGGUUGGAGUGGUGGAGGAAGGAAUUCGGGCCGCAUGUUAGUUUGAUGUAUGGCGAUGUCCCUAUUAGCGAUGACAGGUUGAAAGAGGUCGCCAAGGUUGUGGAGGAGGCUGGUGUUAAGCUGGCUGAGCCAGAGGGUAAUGUCGAAGGGAAUGGCUGGAAUGGCGGCGUUGUCUGGUUGGUCCCGACUGACAGGGAUAUCAGAGACUGGAAACCGAUCGCGAAACGAGUGUUGUAGUGACCACGGGGGACAGUGCCAGGUGGUGAAGCAUAUCUAAAAUGUGUGGAUAUUGAUGUGAGGCUGUUAUUAUUUUUUGCUCUUCUAAACGCCGAUAUUCUGCACGGGCGAAAAUUGCAAGCGCCUGCUUGAAGGCCUGGGAGGAAACGAAUGAACGGAUGACAGUCAUCCCCCGUCCUCUGGCUUCAUUCUGACCCUUGUGGACACCACCGAAGAUGCGCAUUGGACUAGGAGUUGUAUGAAUUGAGUCGCAUAUACUGCAUUCUUUGCACAAGCUCGCCAUCCGUCCCCCGCCACGUUCUCCCCUUAAGGUGUCGCACACACAGCUUUGUCCCCUCGUCAGGGUAGUACAGCCAGCAAGCCCACUUCCUCCACAUCCCGUCCUUCAUCUCCGUCCUCGCUCGUUGGCCAGCCGUGUCCUCAAUGAAGGCGCCCCUCAACAUGGCAGCGCGGCUGGGAAAGAUUUGGGAGAGGUAAUGUGCCGUCGAGGCAAGGUGUGGCUUGUCGUGCCAGAAAAAAAGCGGCGUAAGAGGGAUCUUGACACUCGUACUCCCGCUUCCAACCGAAAAGUUCUGCUUGUACAGGUUUGUCAAGGCUCGGAGCGCUGGGUAGAGCAUGACGUGGUCUGACUUGGCGUAGGACACCAUGCGGGUCGAUGGGAAGCAGACAUAUUUGACGGGAACGUCAGAAGUCCUUCGAGGCUCUUGCCCAUCUGUCGUUUCCGAAUCAGAGGAAUCGGGAGACUCGGGUGCAGACUCGGACUGUUGCAUGAUCUCGAGAAGUGGCGCCAAGGGAAUGUCGGCAACCAACGCCCAGUCGUGUUGCUGAAUCCAAACGUAGGGCGUCUCGGUCAGCCGUAGGGCGGAGCGGACGCCUAGACCAAACCCAACCCGCGCAUGAGGCUCGAUGAAGGUGAUGCGCCCAUCUUUGCUUCUGGUGAUGGUGAGAGUCACAGCAUUGUGCUGUUGCGCAUAGGCCACUGAGCCGAACUCCGCCUCUCCCUCGGUGAUGAUGAGCUCGUCGUCGUAGAAGGCAUUUCCAGCCCAGCCAUAGCUCCGCGAGUACUCGUCGAGGAUGAGUUGCUUGGCGUUCUUCUUGUACUCGGCGAACUUUUUGGCCCCCUCGGCAGUAACAGUCCCUUUCUUGAGCCGCGAGUCGGAAGCAAUGCGGUCGUAGGUGUCGAGGACCAAGAUGAUUCUGCAUUUGGUCAGGGGAGCGCAAUGCUUCUGGAAAGAGGCGAUGAUGGAUGACAACAGUUCAGUGGACGGUGCCGAGGGUGUUGGUGAGGUGGUAAGGACGACAGUGACGAGGUCAUGGCUGGACCGGGGUGAGUGAAUGCGAGCGGCCGCCGAUGGGGGCGGGACCUGCUCAGAGGUCAUUUCAUCGGCAAGUCCAUUCAGAUCCUGCAGGAUUCAGGGUUGGGGUUGCUGAUGUCGACCUUCUGCUUCUGGGUGAUCCAAAAAGUCGGCCUCCGAAUGACGUUGCGGGCGCGAGGUUGUCGAGUGGG